CUCCUGCCCUAAGAUAAACGUUAGCUCUGCAGGCUUGGGCUGCAGGAGCCCGUUGUGGCCACUGAGUCCUGCGGCGCCCUCGCCAGGCUGGCCUUUGGGUUGGCCCAGGCAGGACGGGCUGCCGAGAGCACUCGGGCCGCGUCGCCAGGAGCCGCCCAGGGCGAGCCAUGUUUGAAGGCGUCGCCCGGCACCCUGGGGGACAGGAUGAAGCCCCAAAGGGAGCAGAGCCGCGGGAGGCCGCACGGGCCCGGCCUGCUAAGGAGAGGAGGGUCAGGGGAACCCCAAAGUCCUCGAAGCCCAGGAAAAAAUACCGGUAUCUGAGACUACUUCCAGAGGCCUUGAUAAGGUUCGGCGGUUUCCGAAAAAGGAAAAAAGCCAAGUCCUCCGUUUCCAAGAAGCCGGGAGACGUGGAUGACAGUUUGGAGCAGCCCUGUGGUUUGGGCUGCUUAGUCAGCCCCUGCUGUGAGUGUUGCAAUAACAUUCGCUGCUUCAUGAUUUUCUACUGCAUCCUGGUCGCAUGUCAAGGUGUGGUGUUUGGUCUUACAGAUGUCAGCAUUGGCGAUUUUCAGAAGGAAUAUCAUCUGAAAACCAUUGAUAAGUUGGCAUUGGAAAUGAGUUAUGAUAUUUCAUCUGGCCUGGUAGCAAUAUUUAUAGCAUUCUAUGGAGACAGAAAAAAAGUAAUAUGGUUUGUAGCUUCCUCCUUUUUAAUAGGACUUGGAUCACUUUUAUGUGCUUUUCCAUCCAUUAAUGAAGAAAAUAAACAAAGUAAGGUAGGAAUUGAAGAUAUUUGCGAAGAAAUAAAGGUCGUCAGUGGUUGCCAGAGGAGUGGUGUAUCGUUCCAAUCAAAAUACCUGUCUUUCUUCACCCUUGGGCAGACUGUGCAGGGAAUAGCAGGAAUGCCUCUUUAUAUCCUUGGCAUAACCUUUAUUGAUGAGAAUGUUGCUACACACUCAGCUGGUGUCUAUUUAGGUAUUGCAGAAUGUACAUCAAUGAUUGGAUAUGCUAUGGGUUAUGUGCUAGCAGCACCACUAGUUAAAGUCCCUGAGAAUAGUACUUCUGCAACAAACACUACAGACAAUAAUGGUAGUCCUGAAUGGCUAUGGACUUGGUGGAUCAAUUAUCUUUUUGCCGCUGUCUUUGCAUGGUGUACAUUAAUACCAUUGUCAUGCUUUCCAAACAAUAUGCCAGGUUCAACACGGAUAAAAGCUAGGAAACGUAAACAGCUUCAUUUGUUUGACAGCAAACUUAAAAAUCUGGAACUUGGAACUAGUAUCAAGGAUUUAUGUACUGGUCUUUGGAUUCUGAUGAAGAAUCCAGUGUUCAUAUGCCUAGCUCUGUCAAAAGCUACAGAAUAUUUAGUUAUUAUUGGAGCUUCUGAAUUUUUGCCUAUAUAUUUAGAAAAUCAGUUUAUAUUAACACCUACUGUGGCAACUACACUUGCAGGACUUGUUUUAAUUCCAGGAGGUGCACUUGGCCAGCUUCUGGGAGGUGUCAUUGUUUCCACAUUAGAAAUGUCUUGUAAAGCCCUUAUGAGAUUUAUAAUGGUUACAUCUGUGAUAUCACUUAUACUGCUUGUGUUUAUUAUUUUUGUACGCUGUAAUCCAGUGCAAUUUGCUGGGAUCAAUGAAGAUUAUGAUGGAACAGGGCAGUUGGGAAACCUCACGGCUCCUUGCAAUGAAAAAUGUAGAUGCUCAACUUCAAUUUAUUCUUCUAUAUGUGGAAGAGAUGAUAUUGAAUAUUUUUCUCCCUGCUUUGCAGGGUGUACGUAUUCUAAAGCACAAAACCAAAAAAAGAUGUACUACAGUUGUUCCUGCAUUAAAGAAGGAUUAAUAACUGCAGAUGCGGAAGGUGAUUUUAUUGAUGCCAGACCUGGGAAAUGUGAUGCAAAGUGCUAUAAAUUACCUUUGUUCAUUGCUUUUAUCUUCUCUACACUUAUAUUUUCUGGUUUUUCUGGUGUACCAAUCAUCUUGGCCAUCACACGGGUUGUACCUGACAAACUGCGUUCUCUGGCCUUGGGUGUAAGCUAUGUGAUUUUGAGAAUAUUUGGGACUAUUCCUGGACUAUCAAUCUUUAAAAUGUCAGGAGAAACUUCUUGUAUUUUACGGGAUGUUAAUAAAUGUGGACACCCAGGACGUUGCUGGAUAUAUAACAAGACAAAAAUGGCUUUCCUAUUGGUAGGAAUAUGUUUUCUUUGCAAACUGUGCACUAUCAUCUUCACUACUAUUGCAUUUUUCAUAUACAAACACCGUCUAAAUGAGAACACUGACGUCCCAGAUGUAACUGUGAAGAAUCCAAAAGUUAAGAAAAAAGAAGAAACUAACUUUUAACUGGAUCAUCAUUGUCAGGAUUGCAGAUCAUUUGAGGAUCAGAGUGUGAAAAUGAGUUUCUCUUUUAAAGAUUCUCCAAGAUUUGUUUCUGUGCCCAACUUUCAGAAGAGGAAAAUCACACAUGAUGUUUACAUAAGUAGCAAAAAUAUAUUUAUGGUGAUCUGCAUUUUCAUAAUAAAGUGCCCUGUUGUGAAACA